CUCUUGUGGUACUCCAUUAUUAGGCUAACUAGCAUUCAAUCCGUUGCUAGCUCUGUUGGAGGGACAGGACUGAGUGAAUGGGGGAUGAACUUUCCCACAAAUCACACGCAGACGGUUUAUCAAUCUCUUUGUCAAAUUACAUGGUCCAAAGAAAAAAUACAAUGCGAAUAAGAAGAAAUACAAAGCGAUGCCAUAUCAUGACUUCUAAUGCCACGCACUUCACAUAAGAAGAGACUGUUGAACCCGCACAAGUCUCAGCUGUUGUUUGUAGAGGCGCCCAUCAAUGGACCAAAGCAUGAGUAUGGACCACAACUACGGAGUGCCAUUCAUCCCAGGUCAUUUAUAUCAGAAAAACAACGGCAAAGUAGUGCACCAUGUACCUCUUGGGUGUCUCCACAGUUUAAUUCAAUUGAGACCACAACAGUUAGUCGAGGGAAGAGAGCAAACCAGGCAGCUACGAAAAUGUCAGUUUUGGGUUUACCUCAGACAAGAAAAACAAGGGUCUGCAAAUAUACUCCCUUAUCUUUUGGAGCAACCACAGGCUGUGAAAACCUGCGUAAAAACCUUCGUAGUUCAUGGACGAAGAAUGAUAGGCACGUUUCUUCGGACAAUCAUCGCAAGGAGCUUCAAGAAACCUCAAGAAGAACUCGGGUUGCUCGAAAAGGGGUAGAGAGGAAGAUUGCUGCACAUGUUACAUCUGCUACCUCCAGUCGUACAGACAUUUCAAAGAAAUUCCGCAAAAAUGGAAAUGGAAUGAAUAAAGAUUCCAUUCACACCCCCAACACAAGCACAGUUCCAGAACCACCAAAUGUAGAGACGCCAGAAAUGCCACAUUGUUCCAGCAAUUCUCCAGCCAGUGUUCAACAUCUCCUUUUCUCCCCAAACCAGGCAAAAACUCCUCCACGAACCGAGAACACAAGCAUCCUGGUGAAGGACACGCCUGAGAAAGACUAUGGGCUGAGGGUAACAUGGAGACGAAGGAAAGGACUGAUGAAAUUAUUGAUUGAAAGAGGUCAGCUUCUUCUGACGGAUGCAGAAGUUGCCAAUGAGUGGAUAUAGACUUAAUCAAAACAGUAAAAAGUUAAUUGAAACAGUAAAAAGUUAAUUGAAACAGUAAAAAAACAUUUGUAUUGUAGUCAAUACUGAGUUGAAAAGAUUUAGGAAAUCGUGACUUACGACGGAGAUAAUUUAAUAUAUGAACACUUUGGAAAUUAAGAAUUAAAGAUGUAGUUUUGACAUCCCCAGCCUUAUUAUGGAAGCACUUUUGUAUUCUGUUGGAUAUCAGUGAGUUAUGUACUUAAAUUUAUUUUCCAAAUGGCAUUUGUAUACAUUUGUGUGUGAAAGAAAAUGUUUUAUUAUAAAUUUUUUUUGUUAAAAGAGAAAGUCUACAAUUUAUUUAUAAAUUAUAUAACAAAUAUCAUAAUAUGAACUCUAAAAUAUUAUAUAAAAUGUAAAAAAAAUUGGUUACUACAUAAUUCCCAUACUUCCAUUUGUGACAUUUCACAGUUUUGAAAUUAAAAGGGGUCAUGACAUGAGAAAACUUCUGACAUUUAAGAAGUCUUUGUACCAUUAAAUCAUCCUGUAAGUUUAA